AAUUAAAUCAUACAUGAGAAAAUAUAGAAUAUGGUUUUUAAGGCCUCAAAAACGUUUGAUUCAUCAAUAUGUCUAAAAAGCGAUCUUUACAAAUGUCAGCCUAUACAAAUAGAACCUUAUACAACCUGGCCAUUCGUAUUAUUGAACGCUAUCUGUAUUAUUAAUGGGUAGAUAAUCCUCUUUGUUAGGCAUUCACAAUGGCUUUCAUUUCGCUGACUGUGUUUGCAGUUUGUGCUUGACAACUGUAAUAUGAUAAGAACGCUUAUUAAAGAUUAUUUACGUAAAGUUGAUCAAAGUAAUCAACUAUGUUAAAGACAAUCUUAAAGUCAAAUGAACAUUUGAAUCGGAGUACUCCAACGAUAUUCGAAGAUCCGGAGGAAGAAAAAUUGCAAUCGAUCAAUCUAUCAAGACAAUCUCAAAGGAGUGUAAUAUCUAUUAAUGUACCUCAACAGUAUGAGAAUUCCAAAAAAAAUUCAAGUGAAGAUUUAUCCGACGAGAGACUGCUAUCAAGACAAUCUAGAAGAAGUACAUCAUCCAGUCGAACAUUAAAUACACCACCCUUGAAAAAAUUAGAUAAACAUAGAAAUAAUAACAAUAAAAAUAAGAAAAAGAUGAAACGAAAAGACAAUUUUGGUUUAUCACCAGCCGAGGAGGAAGCGCUUCGCACCAAAGAAUUUUGGGAGCAUUGGGGUGCUGAAAUGACAAUAAAAAUUCUUAGAAAGAGGCAAAUUGAAUUGGAUAAAGAGGAAGAAAAUUAUCCUCAAAUCUCUGGUAGAAUUUAUCCAGAACCUCGAAUUCCCAGAAGAGAUUCAACCGAGUCGUUAGUAACCAAUUUAUCUCUAUUCUCUACUUCAGACGCUACUACUGUGGAAGCAGAUACACCAGAUGUCAAAUUGAAGACAACAAUGAAGAGAAGAAGGAAACCAAAGACUAUUAAGCCAACAAUAGUCAAGGAAGCAAAAGUAGAUUGGGAAAAAUUAGCUAGAGAAAAGAAUAAUAGCAUUUUAAAUAAAUUAAUGGGAGGUAAGAAAGAGGAUCAUCUUUCAAAUGAAGAAUGGGAACUUCUUAUAAGCUGUUCUAAGAGAAAAGGUUUAAUCGGUAGAGAAAAGAGUAAGUCUACAGCAAAUGUUUUAUCGACCAUAGAGGAUAGCGACGAAAUGGUCGAAUGGCAGAUGGAGAGUUUUAAAGACUAUAGCGAUGAAUUUAAGUUACCAGAGACUAGACCUUUAUCCGUAGAGUUAGGAAGUGUAAACUCCAGCAUCCAGCGUGAUCUGGACGCUCAGCGUGCCCAUCUAUCGACAGCUCCCGCAAGAACCUCUAAUUUCUCUUUUGAAGAUCCCGAACAUCGUAAAAAAAUUAGGCAAAGACUAUCGAAAACUAUUAACUCCUUAUCAAAAAUUACUGGACUCGGAGAUAAUAAAAAUGUUUGUAGACAAAAUCCAGAGGAAAUUGGUAGAUAUACUGCAGAAGACUACUCCAAAAUAUGUCGCUACCCCCAAAGAUUAAAAGUCGCUCCUCAACUUGCCCAAGUAGUUAAAUAUGAUAUUAUAAAGAGAAUGGGUACACCCAAACUCCAUAGACUCUCAAUCAGUGAUAUUAAGAACCUAAACGACGCAAACCCAGUUUUAGGUAGAAUUCAUAGAAAUUUAUUGGUAUUCAAUUGGUUGAAUGAUAUUGACGGAAAUUACGAUAUUUGCCAAUAAAUUGCUAUUUUUAAGCACCAAUUUUCGUAAUUUUGACUAUUUUUAAACAUACACAAAAUAUAUUUGAACUAAUCGAUCCAUCGAUUUGUUUAUUCACAUACUCCAAACUGAAUUAAACGGAAUAAAC